UGGACACACUGAUCCACAGCUGAUUACCCGUAAGGACUCAAACUUUGAGGUCUCGGUAAAUCCAUUUUACAUGAAGGAGAUUGAGGCCCUGUGGAACGAAGUGAGGGAUCUGAGCUUGGGAAACUCUUCCAGAGUUGAGAGGCUAGAAUCCCCUCCUACUCCACUUCAAUUCCUCAGAGGAUUCGUCUCCCCCAACAAGCCCUGCAUCAUCUCCAAUGCCAUUAACCACUGGCCUGCCCUUUGUUCCUGGACCGACCACUCCUAUCUCACGCGUGUCCUUUCCUCCUCAUUUGUCUCCCUCCACCUCACCCCCAAUGGAUGUGCUGAUGCCCUUGUCCCUCUGGAUAAUUACGAGCACCAGGGUGCUCCGCCUCUUUCUGCAUCUUCCUUUUCCCCUGAAGCCACUGCUUCAUCCUCUUCGCUCUGCUUUGCCUCUGCACACGUUGAACGCAUGCCUUUCCCUAAAGCACUUUCUCUCGUUCCUUCUGGAAGUGGUGAUUGUUCUUCAAACCUAAGAUUUGUAGCCUAUGCGCAGCAGCAGAACGACUGUUUUCGGUCUGAGUAUUCGGCUCUGGCUGACGAUUGUGAUCCCCAUAUUCCCUGGGCCACUGAUGCUCUUGGUUGUGUUCCUGAAGCUGUCAAUCUCUGGAUUGGUAAUCAGCACUCCCAGACUUCGUUUCACAAGGAUCACUAUGAGAAUCUCUAUGCUGUGGUCACUGGGGAGAAGCAUUUUCUGCUGUUGCCCCCCUCUGAUGUUCACCGCAUGUACAUUCGAGAAUACCCCGCUUCUCAGUAUAGAUAUUCUUGGGAUACUGGAGAGUUCACUUUAGAACUUGAGAAGCCAACAAGAUAUGUUCCUUGGUGCAGUGUGAAUCCUUGUCCUUCUCCAGAGACCAAGGAUGAUGAAAUGUCCACGUUCCCAUUGUAUUUCAAUGGCCCUGAGCCAUUACAGUGCACGGUCAAGGCUGGCGAGAUUCUCUACUUGCCAAGUAUGUGGUUCCAUCAUGUGAGGCAGAGUCCAGAUGAUAGAGGAUGCACUAUUGCUGUAAAUUAUUGGUAUGAUAUGCAAUUUGACAUCAAGUAUGCUUAUUUCAAUUUCCUACAAUCUCUUAAUUACCGAUCUGUUCUAAAUUCAACAUCAAGUGAGAAUUUGUUAGAGGAAUCAGAUAAUUCUUAGACAAGGUCCUUGUUCUUUGUUUUCUUUUUUCCUCUACUUAAAAUGGCGAGAUGGUCAACACUCAACAGCUUCUUUUUCAAUUUUGAAUGGAGUAUUGAAAUAGUCGAUGUGAUGAAAUAUUGUAUUCAACCCCAUAAAGGUCAUACAAUUUUGUAGGAUUUCCCCCCAUUUUUUCUUUUUAUAAUGAGAUAUAGAUUUUGGUUUGGAUAUUGCA